UUCUUUUUUGGGUUUGAUUUGCUAGCUAUUUGUUAUGAAUGUCAAGAAAAUUUAUCACUUGUUAUAUGUAUUUUAUGCUUCAAUUUAAAAUGCUGAAGAUAGUUUUUUGGGGGAAAAUGUCGAAAAAAUGUUUUCUACCUGCCUAAUGGCGCCUAGAUUGAAGUCAAAGAGAAUGUCUUUUUGCACUAUAAAUAUGGUUUUAUCCUCGGAUUUAGGGGAGAUUAAUGUUUUUGGUACAAAGGUUGUCGAUUUACAUUUCAGGAUCAUUAGAAUGAUUGUUUUUAAUGCUUCCUAAACCUCGUUGGCGUCAAGAUCGGGGUUGAUACUUAUGCUGUAUCAUAUUAGUUAGUAAUGAGAAUACUGUUCUGAUAGACAAAUUAGUCUACUUACAUCUCAAUGAUAAAGAUAAUUAUAUUUAGAGCUCCCAAAACCUCCUUAUGAGGCCACAAACUUGUGCACCAAUUAAGAACUUUUAAGUGCAUGUCGUAUUCUUAAAGUAGAAGCAAGUGUUGUUGCUACUUUUUGGGUUGCUUCCUUGGGACAAUUUGAAUAGAGGGCUUUAUCAAGCACAGAUAGAUGAGAAGAUCCCUUAUUAGUGCUUCUUAGAACUUGUCAUUUUGUUAAAAACCUGGUGCAUUUUGUUUUUACGGAUGUUGGAAAUGCAGUAGCUUUCCAUAUGUUUUCUGGUUUAAUGUGCGGCUGCAGCUGUACUUGUACCUUUUGAUGUGUAACGAGUGUAGUAGAUCACGUUUUGAUGCUUUUGUAAGUAAUUGGGAAUUUCUUGAAUAUUUUAGUCUCUUUCUGCAAUAGCUUCUUUGGCCUUCGAAAAAUAAAAGUGAUUGCAAGUAGAAGAUAGACUUAAUUUUUAUGGUUCAUUUCCUUCAUCUUCUAGAGUUAGGUUAGUUAUGGGAAUCAAAUCACCAAAAGUGGCAGUUCUUUGUCAUCCCAUCUGCAUAUGUGUCCAUUGAAGUUAGACCAAGAUAGCUACGAAUUUAUGGUUACCUAUGGCUAAUUUGCCAUAUCUUUCAUCAUGGAUACCAUAUGUUUACGGAGAAAGGUUAAAUUACAGUCCGCUACUUCAUUGUGAGGUACGGAUGAUUAGUUGGCAAGGAGCACCAAUGGGCAACCAGCUUGUCUAGUUCAAUGUGCAACAGAAAAGGUUUCCUCCUUAGUUCUGAUUUCUCUAACACCCUUCCUCUUACCUUAUCCAUUACUCCAAUACUGUCACAAUUUCUGCCACAAUUGUGUCCAAUGGCUAAUUAAUUCCAUGAUUUUAUGGACUACUUGUGAAAUCAAAAUUAACAAGGGAACACCACAAAUUGCACGUAUCUAGUAAACUUUUCAAUCAAACAAAUACCUUCAUCCCAAAAUCACUCUUUUUUUCAAAGCAUGUGCAUGUAAUAUACAGCCAGUUGAUCAUGAAUCAUGCGGUUAACAUCAAGAUCAGCAUGGAAAAUUGGAAGGUAUUAAAAGGGAGGAGAGGUUGCGAGUAAUGAAUAGAAGAUAAAAUAGAGAUGGCCAUUUGGGGUUUGCAGAUUGAUGAUAUGGGAUUUGGAUUUGGACUUGGAAGAGGGUACGAAAGUGGGAACGAGUGGGAGGAGAAAAGGUGGCAGGCAACAAGCAGGGUGAAAAAUAGGUGAUUUGGGUGAGGAAGAGGAAGAAUGACACAAGUCCUGGAGACAUUGCUCGUGAGAGGGAACAAGUGGACCGGGCUAUUAAAAGUCUUGAUUAAUUGUUGCAGCAGGCCUGACCCCGAGCAAAGAAGAAGAAAAUGAUGACAUGGUGGCUGGAAACGAGGACUACUGAAAGGUUGCCAUUGAGUUCUUUCCUGACAGCGUCAUUUCAGACAUGCAUAAAGAGGUCUUGAAGAGUAUUCCUAUAGGUGGUAGGGAUGGUGGUUCAACCAGGAAAGAAGUCAUUGGGAUUGUGAUCGGCGUUUAUGCACUUGAUGCCAAUUCCAUGGUCUGGAAGAACUCUCUCACUUGCGCUGUCCGAUCCUUUAGCACCAUGAUUAUAAGAUCAACUGCCACUGUCAACCAUCUCAACAAGCCAGGUCCAUCUCCUCUCAUUUCCAAGCACCCAUUUUCCAUUGCCCCUUCUUUGCGCCCCAUCAUUUCUCCAGAACCCAAUAUUAAUCCUCCUGUACAAGACCUCUCCACCAAACUCUACUCCCUCCUGUCCAAUCCCAAUUGGCAAAAACACCCAUCUCUCAAAAAACUAAUUCCAAUUUUAACUCCAAACCAUCUUGCCAAUUUCUAUUCCCAAUUUCCCAAUCUCAAUCCCCAAACGGCUCUCAACUUCUUUAACUAUCUUUCCUGCAUUCCAUCUUUUAAACCAAGUGUUCAAUCAUAUUCUUCCUUGCUGCAUAUCUUGAUCCCCAAUAAGUUUCUUGGGUUUGCUGAAAAACUCCGCAUUUCAAUGAUUAAGACCUGCGAAUCCCCCGAGGAUGCGCAGUUUGUUUUAGGUGUGUUGAGGGAUAUGAAUAAUAGUAAAACUCAUCAUGAUAGUGGGUUGCUUUUUAAGAUUAGUCUAAGGUGUUACAAUACUAUGUUGAUGAUGUUGGCAAGGUUUCUUAUGAUUGAUGAUAUGAAAUGUGUGUAUGUUGAGAUGUUGAAUGACAAGAUUUCACCAAAUAUUUAUACUUUUAAUACCAUGAUUAACGCAUAUUGUAAGUUGGGGAAUGUGGAUGAGGCUGAGUUGUACUUGAGUAAAAUUUUGCAAGCUGGGUUGAGUCCUGAUACUCACACGUUUACGUCAUUUAUUUUGGGGCAUUGUAGGAAAAAGGAUGUAGAUAGUGCUUUUAGGGUGUUCAAGGAGAUGGUUAAGAAGGGUUGUCGGAGAAAUGAGGUUACAUAUAACAAUUUAAUUUAUGGGUUGUGUGAGGUGGGGAAGUUAGAUGAGGGGAUGCAGUUGUUUAAGAAAAUGAGGGAGGACUAUUGUUGUCCUAAUGUUAGGACCUAUACGGUACUUAUUGAUGCAUUGUGUGGUUUAAGUAGGACAAUGGAAGCCUUGAAGUUAUUUGAUGAGAUGAAGGAGAAAGGUUGCGAGCCCAAUGUUCAUACUUACACUGUUCUCAUUGAUGGCAUGUGUAAAGAUGGUAAACUUGAUGAAGCGUCGAGGUUGAUGAUUCUGAUGUCAGAAAAGGGAUUUGUUCCUACCAUAAUUACUUAUAACGCUCUGGUUAAUGGUUACUGUAUGAAAGAAAUGGUGGAUGCUGCCUUCAAGAUAUUGGAAGUGAUGGAAUCUAAUAAAUGCAGUCCUAAUGCCCGAACAUACAAUGAAUUGAUUUCUGGAUUUUGUAAGGCAAAAAAAGUGCACAAGGCCAUGGCAUUACUUAAUAACAUGCUUGAAAGAAAGCUAGCUCCAACUGUUGUAACUUACAACUUGUUAGUCCAUGGACAAUGUAAAGAGGGUCAUGUUGAUAAUGCGUUUAGAUUGCUUAGGUUGAUGGAAGAGAGUAAUGUAGCACCUGACAAGUGGACUUAUGGUCCUCUAAUUGAUGCAUUAUGCAAAAAAGGCAGGGUUAAAGAAGCUAAUGCGUUGCUUGAUUCUGUCAAAGACAAAGGCCUGGAGGCAAAUGAAGUGAUGUAUACUGCUUUGAUCGAUGGAUAUUGUAGGGCAGCCAACAUGGGUAUUGCUUUUAAUUUGUUUGAAAGGAUGCUUGGGGAAGGCUGCAUUCCGAGCUCCUGCACUUAUAAUGUGCUGGUUAGUGGGUUGUGCAAAGAGGGCAAAAUGCAUGAAGCUUCUGAAUUAUUGGAAAGGAUGUUGGAGAGAGGUGUGAAACCCGAUGUUGUUACUUGUUCUAUUCUUAUUGAGAAAAUGCUAAAAGAAUAUGCCUUUGGUUAUGCCUAUGCAAUGCUUGAUAAAAUGGUUUCUCUAGGAUAUAAACCUGAUGUUUGCACUUACACUUCCUUUCUUCUUGCAUAUUGCAACCAAGGGCAGUUGAAUGAAGCAGAGAAUGUGAUGACUAGAAUGAAAGAAGAAGGCAUUAGGCCAGAUUUUAUGACCUACACUGCAUUAAUGGAUGGGUAUGGACGUUUAGGAAUGAUAGACUGCGCAUUUGAUACCCUUAGACGUAUGGUUGAUGCUGGAUGUGCACCUUCUCAGUAUACCUAUGCUGUAUUAGUUAAACAUCUUUCACGUGAAAAGCAUGCUAAAGGAAAUGUAACUGAAGUCAGACUUGAUCUGAAAGGUGGGGUUCCUUUAAUAAACAUUGCUGAUGUAUGGAAAGUGAUGGAUUUUGGUACUGCUCUGAUGCUUUUUGAGAAAAUGACUGAAUAUGGUUAUGCACCUAAUUUGAACACGUACAGUGCACUUGCUACCGGACUUUGCAGAGAAGGAAGAAUUGAAGAAGCUUGGAAAUUGUUUGAUUAUAUGCAUAAGCAUGGUUUGUCUCCUACAGAAGAUAUGUAUGAUUUGUUGAUAAACUGUUGCUGCAAGUUGAAAGUGCAUGAGAAAGCCCUGCAGAUUCUUGGUAACAUGGUCAAGCAUGGUUUAAUACCACACUUGGAGUCCUUCAAAUUGCUUGUUUGUGGGUUAUAUGAUCAAGGCAAUAGUGACAUAGCGAAAGCAGUAUUCUGUUGGCUGCUAGAGUGUGGCUACAAUCAUGAUGAAGUAGCUUGGAAACUUUUAAUUGAUGGCUUACUUAAGAGGGGGCUUGUUGACAGUUGCUCUGAACUGCUGGACAUCAUGAAGAAAAAUAAUUGCCAGUUAAAUCCCCAAACAGAUUCAAUGUUAAUAGAGGGUCUUCUUGAGAGAACAUAGGGCACAUAGAAUGGUGAUUCUGUACCUCUUAGACGAAUUCUUUUACUGUACUGGUUAGAGUUACACGUAGUAUAUCUCACAUAUGUUGGAAGAGUCCUCAAUUUUAUAUGUGAAGGAAUAUUUCCAAUUGCGCUUCUUAAGAUAAUACCUUGAUUGACUGAGACUUCUGAUUUGCCUCGUCAAAGUUCAAUGGAGCAGCCCAGUAAUUCAGGAUAAGCAAAUUCUUUCAAUGAAGGAGAGGCAAGUAGUCACUUACUAUUUUACGUAAGAUUUUUGUUCAACAGAGGGGAGGCAAGUGAACCGUCAGGGAAGUUGCUACACCAUCAUGGUUGCAGCAUCAACAUGUUGUGCUUUCCUACCAGGCAUGGUUUGAAACAGGAGUUGAUGUUUCCUUUGGUGAUGCAAACCAUGGCUGAAAGACCAUCAUGAGCUUCAAUUUGAGCUCUAUGGAUGGAAGCUCAUUUGAUAUUUUUGGGCCUGAAAACAAGCUUGAUUCUUCUUACUUUUACAUUUCAAAUGGGAUAGUGCCGAAGGUUAUACUUCUCUUCUAGGAAAUCCCACACCAACACAUGCUUAGGGGCAAUCAAAAAACAACACUAUUACAGAUGAGAGAGGUCUAGAUUUUCUUCGCCCUUUUUUUUGGGGGAUAAGGUUGGAGUGGGGGUUCUGGAUGUUCGAACUUAAUAUCUGUCUUCUGUCAUGUUAGUCUUCCCCUUAACCUAUGCAACAUUGAAAGUAAUUUCCUUCUGUAUUUUAAUCUUCAGCAGUGUUAUAAUUUGAAAGUUGCACCUUUUCUUUUUCUCAGAGCUAGUCUUUCAAUUUUCUACUUCUGGCUGUUGUCUUUUAUAUGAAGUUACAUGAGCUGUAAUGAAUAAGGAAUUGAAAGUAUAAUUUGCCUAAUGUGCCAAAGAGAAAAACUGAAUGACAAUGAGAAAUUUUUCCAGAAAACAUUGAGCCUGUUAACAAAGUGAAUGAGUUGAAUAAGUCGUCCUCAUAUGAACCUGUUGCUCAAAGAGGAUUCCUUUUUGAGGCACUAAGCAUGAUGAGAUUCAUUGCUUUUUUGUUAAAGUCUGUCUUAUAAAUGCUAGAAUGCUGAGUUUAAGAUUCCAUUUUCUUUGUUCAAUCUUUUUCCCUUCAGAAUUGUGAUAUUCAUUUGUACCACAGAGAUCUGUUAGAAGCAAUUCAAGCCAGAGCAUCGACAGAAAGUGGUUAAGUGUGAAGCUUCUCUCUCCAUUAGGACCUUUGCGUCCUUGAUCUUCUGAAAGAAAGCCUAGAUGGGUUGAGAGGACAGAUUCAACAGAUAAAUUCACUCACAAGACACAAUGAAUUUUCAGAGCUCAAUAACCAUUUAAGAGUUUGGAGGCUUGAUGGACGUAUUUCUGUGGACGCACUUAUGCAUCCAACUGGGAAUUUAUCACUGCAAUAUGUUUUUUCAGAUUUAUUGCAUCGUGUGAUUAUUCCAUGGCUGCUGCUGCUUGCCUUUGUUGAAACUUAAAAGGCCUGAAAUCAAAAUGAAAACAGAAAAGCAAAAAAGAAAGAAUGGCUGGGAAGAGAACGAGAACACAAUGAAGAAAAUAUGCAAGGUUCUGAGUGCGUUCGUCGCGAGGAAAGAAAACAUUGAUCAAAGAAAGGAGGAGAAGUCGAUGAAGGAAACAAGGAUGAGUCAACUGAAGUGGUGAAGCAAUAGACGGAAGGAAAGAAGGAAAUGGUGUUCAGGGGAAGAGGACAGGAGAAGAAGCAGGAGGAGGAAUUUUUUUUUCUUUCAACAGCACAAAGAAACACUUACACAGAAUCUAAAGUAGCCCCACAAGUUUACUCAAAAGGCAAUUGCUAACAGGAGUAGGAAUUUGUUGUAAUUGUUUGAUGGCUUUUAUGCUUUAAACUUUUGAGAUAUUGUAUAAUAACCUCUAACUUUUUUGAAACUGUAAAUCCACCCAUGAAUAUUUUAGUUUGGCAGCUUUAAAAUUCUAAAUUCAUCAAUUAUGAAUCUGAACGACACGUUUAUAACUUA